AUGGAUUCAAACAAAGUACUAAUAGCUCUACUAACCCUUGUUUUGCUCUUUCAUUACUCUCUUACUGAAAGUACAACACUUUCUCAUAACCAUCAUAGACACCUAAACAAAGAAGAAAAACAAGAACAAGAACAAGAAUUGAGUGUACAAAGAAGAGGAAGUGGGGUAAGAAGAAGCUUAAGGUGUGACCCAUUUUACCUAUAUCUAUAUGGAUAUUGUGGACAGUGGCCUUUUCCUACUUACCGUUCACCAAACAAUCCAUUUGAUCAAACACCACCCCCCUUUCGUUACUUUCCACGCCCCCCACGACUUAUCCCUCCACCUUUAGUUCCAUCACCACCACCUCCUGUUGUCUUUCAACCGCCUUUAAUAAUUCCACCGCCAAUGCCUUUAAUAUUUUCUCCUCCACCAUCUCCAUGGUGGAUAUCAUCGCCACCACCUCCGCAACCAUGGUGGUACUCACCAUCACCACCACCACCAUCUCCUGAUCCUAUACCAUGGUAUAUUCAAGCUCCACCACCACCUCCUCCCGAACCUAUACCUUGGUAUAUUCCAGCUCCUCCGCCGCCACUUGUCUGA